AUGGCGACGACGGCGACGCCAACGAAUAAUCCGCUGACGACGCAACGGGGCGCCGCGCCCUUGACGACCGUAUUCACAACUCCAGACUUCUGCAAGGAGCUGUACUGGACCGACACUGUCACGCCGCCGCUCUCGAGUGUCGUGUGCAUGCCGACGUCGUGGAAGCAGGUAUUCGACUACCAGUGGGGUUAUUACUCCCCGGGCAUCUGUCCGUCGGGGUACACGGAAGGGUGCUCGUUCCCAACUUCAUUGGCGUCUUCGAAGGACGGUAAUGUCAGACUGGGAGGGUCUGUUAUCGCGGGCGAGACGGCGAGACUGUGCUGUCCGACCGGCCAUGUGUGUUAUACCGGCACCGACUAUCCGUAUAGCAAGUGCAUCUCGACAAUCCCGACGACGUCUUACUACGACAUCGACAACAAGCCUACGUCGGCCCUGGCAACAGUGUUUGCGGUGCAGGUCAGGUGGCAGGCUUCGGAUUUGAGUAAUCUGGAAACGGAUCCGACGGUUCCGGGCGCCACAUACACAGGACCGAGAUCGACAGGAGGAGGAGGUAUUAGCGGCGCAACGGCGACCGCGACGGGGACUGUGGUUACGGGUACGGACGGAUCGGUAUCUACCGUCUCGCCAUCUAUCGCAACGGCGACCGCAACAUCAGAAGGGUCCGGUAGCGGCGACUCGGAUGGCGGCGGAGGCGGGUUUUCCCUCGGUACGACGAUUGCUAUCGCCGUGGGGUCCGUGGCCGGGACGUUAGCGCUGGUGUUGAUCGCAUUCAUGAUCUUUUGGCGAAGGAGAAAGAGGAGGGAGCGGAGCAACAGCGUCGACAAGCCAGACUCGUUGUCGCCCCCGAUGUUGGCGGCGCACAAGGCAGGCGGCUCUGGGAAAACGUCGCUGGAUAUUGUGUCUCCGGGCACAGCGACGUCGGGCAGCGCGACAAUGGUAGCGCCACACUCUCCCAACCCGAACGCUUCGCAGCUGGAUUCGACGAAUGUGGUGGAGAUGGAAACCAUGGAAAGGCCGCAAGAGCUGCCGGAGGAUUACGUCGUCGAGCUGGAGGGCGACAUGCCGGGCCCGCCAUUAUACAGGGAGAAGGAGGGUUGGCCCCUGAGAUGA